AUGAAUUCAUUUUUUUUCGUGGGGGACGGGAAUACCGAUGUUUGCUUGAUUCGGACUCAUGAAGACCAUGUUCCCUUCAUUUCCACAAUUGAAAGCCAACAACUAUACGGUAAAGACACCUACAAGUUGAUGCAAAACCACACGGCGCUGUACCUUGAAAAAAGGAUCAACUAUGGCGCCAAUGAAACCUUUCCGGAACGCCUCUCCAUAGAUGCUGACGAGUUCAACCGAAUAUGGAAACCGGAAGAAAUCCCAAGCUACCGCAGCCUAACUCCUGGUUUUGAUGUAACAAUCACGGGUUGGGCAACCCAUUCGGAAAAUUACCCUCCUUUUGCGGUAUUAUGGUACGCCAUUGAAGCAUACAACAGCUCCGAGUCUAUUUUCUUACCGGUCACAUUUCAAGAGAAGAAAUCUCAAGCCGCCUAUUUCGUCUUCUACUUUGCGUCCUUUGUUUAUUAUCCUAACAUAACCAGCAGGACGGUUUCCAUCUACAUAGAUGGCGAAGAGAAGGUGCUAACCGAAAUCCCAGACGCGUAUAAAGGUAUUUUUCCCGUAGUGUCCAUAUAUCCAGUUAAUACUACAAAUGGUACGGUCAAUGUGACCAUAAGUGCUGUUGAGGGUUCACCAUUGCCGCCACUUCUUUGUGCCAUGGAAGUCUUUACUACUAUGUCUGAGGUUGUUUCCAAGGCUAGUGAUCAUGAUUAUAUUAAUUUCUCUUUGGUCUUGGUCUUUUUUCUAGUGUUAAGUCUCUCAUUGUCUGGAUUGUAA